CGCCGCCCAUCGCCCCCAUGGCGGCGCGGAGGAGCGCGGACGAGAUGCGGGACCGCGUGGUGCUGGGCGAGUUCGGCGUCCGCAACGUCCACACCACCGACUUCCCCGGGAACUACCCCGGCUACGAGGACGCCUGGGACCAGCGGCGCUUCGAGGAGGCGUUCCGCGUGGACGUGAUCCGUGAGGAAGGGGACACCCUGGAGUUCGACAUGGUGGGCAUCGACGCCGCCAUCGCCAACGCCUUCCGCCGCAUCCUGCUCGCCGAGGUGCCAACGAUGGCUGUAGAGAAGGUCUUUGUGUACAACAACACAUCCAUUGUGCAGGAUGAAAUUCUGGCUCAUCGGUUGGGCCUCAUCCCUAUCCGAGCUGACCCUCGGCUCUUUGAGUACAGAAACCAAGGAGAUCAGGAAGGCACUGAAAUUGAUACUCUGCAGUUUCAGCUGAAAAUCAAAUGCAAACGAAACCCUCAGGCUGCCAAGGAAUCAUCUGAUCCUGAUGAACUAUAUUUCAAUCAUAAAGUGUACAGUAAACACAUGACGUGGGUGCCCCUGGGGAAUCAGACGGACCUUUUUCCAGAUGCUGACUUCCGACCUGUUCACGAUGACAUCCUCAUUGCACUGUUGCGACCCGGACAGGAAAUAGAUGUGCUUAUGCACUGUGUCAAGGGUAUAGGUAAGGAUCAUGCCAAGUUUUCUCCUGUGGCCACAGCCAGUUAUCGACUGCUUCCUGACAUUACUCUCCUGCAGCCUAUUGAGGAUGAGGCAGCUGAGACAUUACAGAAGUGCUUUUCCCCUGGGGUCAUUGAGAUCCAGAAUAUCAAUGGAAAAAGGGUGGCAAGAGUAGCCAAUGCACGGCUGGACACAUUCAGCAGAGAAGUUUUCCGACAUGAGGGUCUGAAAAACCUUGUGCGCCUGGCAAGAGUACGGAACCAUUACAUCUUUUCAGUGGAGUCGACAGGUAUCUUACCUCCAGAUGUGCUGGUGAGUGAAGCCAUCAAGAUCCUGAUGGGAAAGUGUCAGCGCUUCCUCAAUGAGCUGGACUCUGUGCCUAUGGAGUGACCAGGCUGUAGCUGGGAAAGCAGAAACCUGCACUGCUGUUCUGGGUUUCCUGCACCUGCCUCGAUGGGGGAUUCCUCUUCCAUAGGCAGGAGGCUUGAGAGGGGUUUGCCAAGAGUCCAAGGACUGUCUCUUUGGAUUUUUCUGUUGGUAAUGAGCCUCAGUGAGUAGAUGCACUAAAAUAAAGGCUUUUUUUUUAAAAA